CCCGGAGCCGAAUGGAGAAAGACCCGGAAGGGAACUCAAAGCUGCUGGGAGUGCAGGCGACGAAAAGUCCGUUGUAUCUUCGCCUCUUCCGCACACGCCUGCAAUAAUUGUCGGAGACGCGGGAGUACAUGCAUCGGCCAGGAGUAUCCUGAUAAGGCUGUUCCCUCCGUCAGCAAUAAUCAAGUAGAGGGCCGGCUUAGCCGGGUAGAGAACCUGCUGGAGCAGUUACUCGCCAAUACUGAGUCUAUCCAUGCUCUACAGUCGCCAACUAGAGAUCGUUCCGGCGCUCGCUCGACCUCGGUGACGCUAGAGAAUAGAGAAGAGUCUCGGCCAAAACUAGUGUCGUCGACAAGCCAUCGUGCGCACAAUGUUGAGGACGGGAUAACUACCCGCUCGAGACCCCCUUCGAAGCCGGCAUCGGUCCCGGACAGGCGAGCCCCAAGCAAAUAUGAAGAAUUGGCUCGCGACCUUAUCGCGGCAUGGCCCAGCGAGGAUGAUAUCGAUAUCAUCUGUAGUCUCCCUAUGGGAAUUUCAACCUCGAUGUUUUGCGGAAUAUGCACGUCCUGUUCCACCUUUACCGGCCCGGCCCUAUCAUCCCCGAGGGAGAUGCUACAGCCUCCCCGGCCGGGUAACCAUCCGGUGCUGAUCGCGCGUAAGCUUCUGGUCCUCGGCGUAUUCCUACAAGGAAUCCCCCCUUCUUCCAUCCGAGACCUUGGAUACCUGGGUACAUCUAUCCGCUCUAUCAUGCCUCGUGUCGUCGACAGAGCUAUCAGCCUCGUGACUACCAACGAAGACCUCAUCGGCUCCGUCGAGGGCAUCGAAUGCAUAAUGCUCGAGGCUAUGUACCAGAACUACGCUGGAAACCUGCAUCGUGCAUGGAUGGCAAUACGCCGGGCGAUUACCGUCGCACAGAUGAUGGCUCUGCACCGUGGCCGUGACUCGCCGUCCCUGAAGAUCCUCGAUCCCGAGACUCAAGUGGCCUUUGACCCUGUUAAAACCCAUUUUCGAUUGGCUCAAAUGGAUCGCUACCUUUCGAUCAUGCUGGGCCUACCGCAUACAUCACUCGAAGACCUCUUCUCCACUCCGCAAGUAUUAGAAGAGUUGGAUCCCAAUGAACGCAUGCAACGCAUCCACUGCGCCGUUGCUGGGCAUAUCCUGCACCGAAAGGAUGGCGACGUAAACAGCCUGGUCAAAAUUCACGAGGAUGACAUGCUAUUGCAUAAAGCUGCAGCUGAGAUGCCACCCCAGUGGUGGCUGAUCCCGAAUUUCAUGCCCAGCAAUGGCGAAGGUGCAAAUCUCCUUCGUGAUACAAAUCGUAUCAUGGAUCAACUCACGCAUUACCACCUGUUUAUGCGGCUGCAUUUACCUUAUAUGCUUUGCUCCUCUUGUGACCACAGGUACGAUCGUAGCAGAAUCACUGUCAUCAACGCCAGCCGGGAAAUUCUAUCUCGCUAUAUAGCCCUCCGCACGUCAAACCCCGGACACUUCUACUGCCGCGGUUGUGAUUUUCUCGCCUUUAUGGCCAUUACCAUACUAUGUAUUGCUCACAUUAAUUCUCAGAGUCAGUUCCAGGGAUUUGGGGAGCGCUCAUGCCCGGUCACUGGUUUCGAAUCCCUUGUCCACAGCCGCCCAAGUGACCGCGGCUACAUGGAGCGUACCCUACAGAUCAUUGAAUCCAUGUCCUGCAAUGAUGUCGAUUUGAUCGCCUAUAAACUUACCCGAAUCAUUCAUCAUCUGCUCACCAUUGAGGCAAAUGCCGCCAAGGGCGACAUGUAUCAAACAAGCUCAUCUAAAGAUAGCGAAGGAGGGCUUGAGUAUGACGGCCGGUUAACCAACAACGGCAAGGCACUGCACAUUCAGAUUCCCUAUUUUGGUACCAUCAAUUUUGAACGCGGUGUCAUCUCAAAGCCUGCUCCAAAAAUGCUAGCGCAACCCGAGCUGGGCAUACCGGCCAUGUUGGUCACGGAUAGACUGCCCCCGGGUCAGCCGGUUGAACAAGCCCAACACCCGUCAUCUGGAUCGGAUAUCUUGUCAACGAUGAGCUAUACCGGUUCACAGAUCAUGCCAUCAGAUACUCCUCAGCUGUUGUCAGCGCUUCAGCCCGAGUCACCGAAUGGAUCCAUAAUAUUGGACAGUAACGACAGCUUAUACACGCAGCUGCCUGCUUCUAUGGGAUUUCCAGGCGCCGACGAAGUUGAACUACAAGGCGUUGAUUUCUUUUUCGAUAGCCUUUUCUGUGGAGCGGAAAUAACGAGAGAUACUUAG